AAAUUACAUUUUGUGAGUAGUUUUCAUUUAAAGACUGUGGUUUACCUAUUUUUCAAUAUGAUGUUUCAUAUUUAAUGAGAGCAUCAUGUUCCCGUACCAUUUGGUAGCAUGAUAGAAGUUUUGCCUAGAAAAGAGCGAAGAAUUUGAAAUAAGAUACGAACUGGGGCGAAAGAGCAAAACAUGAAAAAUCGAAGGUCGUGGGCUUUAAUAAUCGGCGAGCAGCACCCCCACGGAUACACAUCUGGGAAAGACGAUCUAGACACACACAGAGAGAGAGAGAGAGAGAGAGAGAGAGGAUCCCAGACGAUCUAGACAGAGAGAGGAAAAUCAAAUCCAAUCAAAUCAACGAGGACGAAGACGUUGCAUUUUCAUAUUCUUUUUUGCUAACUAGUUCCUCUUCCAAUUUGAUUAAUCAAGUUGAAGCGAUUGGAUGCAAGCAACUUCCGCUUAUCAACCAUGCUUUCAGACAACAAUUUGGUCCAUAAAACCCUCUAUGACAUUCUAGGUGUGAGGGAAGAUGCAAACUAUGAAGAAAUCCGUACAAGCUAUCGGUCUGCCAUCCUUGAUUCCCACCCGGAUAAAAUGCAAAAGGCUUCCAAAACUUAUAUUCCAGAUCAUGAGUUGGAAAACAGAUUUCUAGAGGUGCAGAGGGCUUGGGAAGUCCUCAGCCACCCAAAGUCACGUGCCUCUUAUGAUAGUGACCUACGCGUGCUGAGACGAGAAGAAUUUGUUGUUGCAGAAGAUGUUGGUUUAGAGGAUCUGAUGGUUCAGAGUAAAGGUGAAGUCUUGGAGCUCUUUUACCAGUGUCGAUGCAGUGACUACUUCUCUAUCGAUUCUCUUGAGUUGGAGGAGAUGGGUUAUCGUUUGUUGAGGGAGGGUAGUAAGAUCUCUUUACGAAUGUCGGAUGCUUUGUCAUCGUCAGUUCUUCUUUCUUGUGGUUCUUGCUCUCUGCAAAUUCGCUUGUUGAUUAAUGGCGAAACUACGCUUGAAACUAAUGAUCCUUUACAGUAGGUUGGGUCUGUUUACUUUGUUUCCUAUCAUCAAUGAUAAAACAUUCUGUUGUCCUAACCUUUGAAAAGCAAAAUUAGGUGUUUUAGGGCUUUGUUUUUCUGGUUGGGGAAAACCUUUGCCUAAGUAUACACGUUUUUGUUGUAGCCAAUUUAAUGUUGUUGUGUCACUAGAGAAUAUUGUGUUAUUUUAUUUUAUUUAGGAAAAUGCAACUUAUAUUGAUAAAUAAACUUCAUUGUUCCUA